UCUAUGUUCUAACCUCAAAAAAAAUUACUGUCACACGUGUAAAAGUCCCUUUUUGUUUACAAAAGUAUUUCUUUUAAUUUUCACAUUAAAUAAAAAGUGUAAAGUUUAUUAAGUAUCGUGUAAAAGAUAAAUAUGAAUGCAAAUGAAAAUAAGAGAUCGCGAAAGAAUUCGAAUAAUUCAUCAAUGUUGAAGGAACGUCAACAACAAGGAUCAAAUUCCUUAACGAAAAAAAAAUAUAAAACUAUGUAUGAUUCGGAAGAGGAGGCCAGAUUGGAAAGAGCUGUUUUCGGUGACGCGAAUGAUGUGAUAGAAAAUCUUUUGGGAGAAGAUGACACUGAAAAUACAGUAAAAGAUGAACAUAAAUUGGAGACAAAAAGCCUUCAAGACAGUGAUUCGGAAAAUUCUAAAAUUUCUGAUUCGGAUAAUGAUGAUGAUAAUGAUUACGAAUCGCCGAAUAAAAAACGAAAAGCCUGGGUGGACGAGGACGAUAAUCAAUAUUCGGUCGAAGAUGCUUUCCAAGCGCAAAAUCGAAAGCUAAAAGAAGCAGGACAAGAAAAAAAGUACACUCAGCAUUUAAAUAAAAAGUUCGAGCAAAUUUACGGAAAGCCCAAAUGGGCUUCGCUUGAUAAGAAAACAGAAGUCGACUCCGAUGAUUCAGAUAGUGAAAUUUUAAGACAUAGUAAUCAUACGAUUGUAACAAAAAGCAAAAAGUUACGAAAAGGUACAAUAGAAUUAAAAGCUGUGACUGAUAUUAAUAGAAAAACUCAUACAGAAGGACCUUAUAUAUCAAGUAUACAGUUUCAUCCAACUUCCACGGUUUCAUUAGUUGCUGGAUCAUCAGGAGUUCUUUCACUUUUUGAGAUCGAUGGUAAAGAAAACAAUAAACUACACAGUUUAAAGUUCCAAAAGUUUCCCAUAAAUACAGCUAGAUUUUUGAAAGACGGGAGUCAAAUUAUUGUCGGUUCUAUGAGUUUUGCCCACUGUUUCACGUACGAUUUAAUCAGCGGUAGUACACGUAAAGUUCCUUUACCUCACGGAAUAACAAACAUGAAGAAAUUUGAAGUUUCUCCUGAUGGAAAAUACAUAGCAAUUUGCGGCAGAUUGGGUGACAUUCAAUUAUUAUCAAGUGUCACAAAAGAGAUUAUUCACACGUUCAAAAUGAACAAAAAAUGCAACGCCCUCGCCUUCACACCGGACAGUCAAAAAUUAAUCACGAACGGAGAAUGCUCCGAAAUGUAUGUAUGGGACAUGAGAAGUAAUAUGUGCCUUCAUCGAGCGAUUGAUGACGGUUGCUUAAGUGCAGCUUCGAUAGCAACAUCGUCAAGUGGUCAAUUUAUAGCAACUGGCAGUAAACAGGGUGUUGUUAAUAUUUACGAUACAAACACAGUGCUUGCAAAGGAAAAUCCACAACCGUUAAAAAUGAUCACAAACUUAGUUACUUCUAUUACAAGUUUAAAAUUCAAUCCAACAUCGGAAAUAUUGGCAAUUGCCUCGUCAAAAAAGAAGAAUGCCUUUAAAUUAGUCCAUAUACCAUCGUUCACAGUAUUUGCAAAUUUUCCAACAUUUCAAACAAAAAUAUGGAAUCCAUUGGCUAUCGACUUUUCACCCAACAGUGGCUUUUUGGGUGUAUCAAAUAAUCAGGGUCACGCUUAUUUAUACAGAUUGAAGCAUUACGGAAAUUAUUGAACAUAUUUUUUUGUAUGUAAAUAAUAUUAUUGAAAUUCAAUAAUUCAAAACAAUGUGUACAAAUUUUUUUGGAAUUAAAUAUUUUUAAACAAAA